AUGACUUCGUGUUUCUAUAUCUUUAUCAUACUCAUCAUGUUUGAGCGUUUAAAGAGUGAUGAGGAUUCGUUGAAAUCUUUGAAGUCAACAUCGAGUGAAUACCUGCUACCAAAAUCAAAAUUAACAGAAAUUAAAGGGAAUGAAAGUUGCAUGUCUGGAAGCUUCAGUCAACCUAUACUUAUAGAUGGUUGUAAACCAGUCUUUGUAACCAACAAAUAUUGUUUAGGCGCAUGCAAUUCCCUAUUUAUACCACAAACAGUUUUAAAUUUUAAAAGUUGCAAAGCGUGCGUACCUACAUCUUCGAAGUACACCAAUAUUACCCUUAAAUGUCGUGAUAAUGGAAAAAUAACCUUCAAAAAGAGACUUAUUACGGUGGUACACACAUGUGGAUGUCAAGAAGUUGAGUGUACAGGCAAAUAA